CACCAUCUUAUAGGUAGCCACCUCAUCGCUUUGUAAAACGUAUAGAUAUGGGAGAAGAACACCUCUCCCAUUAAAAAACACAGAAAUUCCAAAUUCCAUUCCUUUAUUUUCUCGAUAAUCAUCAUCCUUUUAAAGUAUCCCAAUCAACAAUCCAUUUUGCUCAAAGCCCUUUUGAUGCAGAUGGGAUUUCAGGAAUUCUGGAUCUUGCUGAUAUGUAAUUUUCAUUUCUGUAUUGUAUUGCCUUGAUCUGUAAUGAUCUUGUUAAACAUGUGCUUCUUUUUUGUCAUGUUUGGAUACCCUUUUUGCUUCUUUUUGUUGCGUGAUUGAGCCUACUUGCCAAUCGGAUAAUCUGAUGGUGAUUUUCACGAUCUGGGUUUGGGGAAAAGAUGGAACUUUUCUCAAAUUUUCCCAGGUUGGAUACAAGUGUUUUAUCCCCUGUUUUUGGGGUGUGAGGGGUGGAUGUUUAUCUUGCUUGUUGGGGUUCAUUUUGAUCAGGUCAAUCUGACUUUGCUGCGUUGAAUUGGGUUUACGUGAACAACAGUGUAGCUUCUGAUUUGGAAAUUCUUUUCUUUCCGAGUUUCUUUUGAGUGUGGAAUAUCCCUUUCAUGGCGGACUACUAUUCUUAUCUUCAAAGCUUUCUCCUUUAGACCGCACCUUUACAAUUCCCUGGUUUAUGCCAUUGUUUCUCUUCUUCCUGUUUCUCUGUUUCAUAAUUUCUUCUCACCAUCAUCUAAGCUGGGUUUAUAUUGGCUUUGUAAGGAAUAAUCAAUUGAUCAGACCAAAUUUUUUUUUGGUUGUGGAAUGAUCAUCUCAUCAUAACAUUUUAUUUGACAUAGUUUUUGGUGCAAAUUAGUUUUCUUUUCACUUUUGAGAUAUAAGGAGUUUGAUGAGCAUAUCUUUUCAUCUGUAGGUUUGAGACUUGAAGUUUGCUGAUCAAUUGCUUUCUAAGGUAGAAAUUUUUUGCCUGA